GGAGGGCAAGCCUUAGCAGCUGCUGUCUUUAAAGCCAGGCGAGGAGACUGGAUAGCUGUUGGUUAACCUAAGAACAAACAGGUCUGUGGUAAGGAUUCAAAAUGUUUGGUUGUUUUCAAGUGUGGUUUAUAUUUCUUUGGUCAUGGGGGUUAGAGUGGUAGGAAGGAAUAGCAAAAUAUAAGUGUGAAAGUUAUUCAGACAUGCUUACUCUCUCCUUCUUGAUGUACCAGCGUAUUGCUUCUUCAAAGAAGUCUGUCUGGUGUUAGAUGGAAGUAUCACGAUGGGGGCUGGAGCCUGGAAGGUGAGACUGCUCCUCUCAGCAUGUAGGCUGCUCCUGGCACUACCCUGGUCUUUCAGGCUCUCCUUCCCUUACUGUACGUAUGUCUGUAGAUACUGUGAAUGCAUAUAGAUAUACUUUUUUUAAGAAUUGGAGAGUGUUAUUUGCGCUUGACUUCAGCAGUUCGCUUGCAUAUGGGGAGAAACUGAAAUAUGACCUUCAUGUGCUGCCAACCCUGAACAGUAGGGUGCCAUCAUGCUGAAGCAUUGCUGUGGGGGCAUGGAGUUCCCAGAGCCUCCUCCACACUUAGGGUGGGGGCCUGAACUCUCUUGUGGCUCUGUAUUACAGGGCAACUGGGGUGGGUGACCUCUCCUGGCCUGCAGGUUGUGCUCUCCAGCUGACUUGGCAGUGACAUCCAGUUGGGGUGACUGGAUCUGGGGGGUGCUCCGGUUCCGCUCUUUCCUCCUGUGGUGGCACAUGUGGAGCACAGGCAUGGCAUGCCAGCCUCUUCUUGCAACCUCUUACUCCUUUGAUAGUAUGUCUUCCUCUUCCAGCACCCUUGGUCCUUUCCUUAUGCUGUUUUGUGCUGCACACCCUGGCCACAAACCUCUGUGCUGUCCCGUUUGCACUUUGUGCAUAAUUUCAGCCAGGUCUUUAUCUCCCUCCUCCACCUCUGUGGGCUGAGUUCUUGCUUUCAUCCAUCUUGUUGUGUGGAUCACCAGCUGACACUGUCUCCAUCCUCCCUUGGUGUCCCUUAUAGAGGUGGUCAGUGCCUGACAUGCCAUGCACCACAUAUCGAAUGUAUCAGUUCUCUAUGGAAUUUUAUCUCUGCCCUCUCCUGUGGCUUCUUGUACAAUCUGUGCCUUUGAGUAUGCUGGGGUACAGAAGCAUGGCUGCAGGUGCUAUGGUCAUAAGGGAAAUGGUCUAGGAUGAAACAGCUGUUUCUGUGGCAGGAGAGAGGUAGGAAGUUGCCUGCAGCAUGGCUGGAAUGGUGUUAAAAUGAGAGGCAAGCCAAGAGAGUUCAUGGCACUACAAAGAGGAGCUGGGUUCUAAUUUUUGUGCUCCCAUAAAUUUGAGGAAAUGAAUAUUGCCUCUCCACUUUCACAAACUGAGGAGAAAGUAUUUAAGCGUGGCUUUUGCCUUAACUUAAUAACUGCAGCUAUAAUGAAGUGAAUUAAACUAUGUGUUUGAUUCAUAAUUGGUAUUUCUGUUACCACAAGUACAGCCAUUCUCUUCUCAAAUACAUUAAGCUGUAGGAAACUGCUUUUUAUUGGCUAAAGUUUCAUAAUACAUUUAUGUGUUAUUGGAAACAUAAUUCACGUGUAGAGCGUUAUUAAAACCUCACUCGCUUCCAGUUUAAAUCUUUGUACAGUGAUUUAACUCCUCUCUCAUUUUUACGUGACAUUUUCAUAAUAAUUAAACAUGAAUAUGUCCUUGCAGUCUGUACCCAGAAGUUCUGUGAUGAGCAGCAAAGGAAGCGAUAUUCCUCUUGGUCUCAGAUGCUGUAAUAUUAUUGAGUCCAUGAAUUACUUCCCUCAUUCAGAAUUGCUCUGAAUAGAUCAAACAAAUGCUACUCUUAAGUAAUGGAAAUACGGUACAUUAUAGGCUAUGCUAUGAAUGCUAAUAAUGUCAUUUUUCUCAGAUAUUAAAAGUUUCUCAUUUUGUAUUAUACUGCUUGAUGACAUGCAAUUGUCUUCUACUGCUAAAUCUAAGCAAUUGUAUUAUUAGCAUGAGAAAAGACCCACAUUACUAAAGAUUGCAUUUAGAUGUGUAAAAUCUGUCUUGCUAUUUCCUGUAUGAUUAUUUAAUUCCUGUUUUCAUUGCAAAUUAUAAGGAUACUUGGUGGAAUUUUUUAGCUAAGCUACUAAUUCAUGAAAUCUAGUUUUGCAAGCAAAAUAAGUUGAUAACAAGCGUAAUAGAAUCGUGGAAUGGCUUAGGUUGGAAGGGAAUUUAAAGACCGCACAGUCCCAACCCCCUGCCUUGGGCUGGGUGCCCCCCACCAGAUCAGGCUGGCCAGGGCCCCACCCUGCCCAGCCUUGAUGGGGCACUCACAGCUCUCUGAGCUGCUGUGUCAGUAAAUAGUUUCUUUCUAAUGUUUAACCUAAGUCUUCCUUCUUUUUGUGUAGUACCAUUUCCUCCUUGUCCUAUCACUUGGCAUUAUUGAAUUUCAUGAGGUUUUCAUGGGCCCAGUUUCUGAACCUGUUCAGGUCCCUCUGGGUGGUGUCCUUCCCUUCUACUGUAUCAACUGCACCACUCAGCUUGGUAUCAUCAGCGAACUGCUGAGGGUACACUCAAUAUCCUUGACUCUGUCACUGAUAAGGAUGUUGAAGAGCACUGGUCUCAGCAGUGAGCCUCUGCGGGACACUGCUCAUCACCAGCCUCCACCUAGGCAUAGAGCUGUUGAUCACAACCCUCUGACUAUGACCAUCCAACCAAUUCCUACUCUACUGAAUAGUUCAGCCUUCAAAUCUGUAUAUCUCCAGUUUAGUGAUACAGAUGUGGUGUGAGACCACGUCAAAGGCCUUGCACGAGUUCAGAUGGGUGAUGUCAGUCAUUCACUGAUGCCACCAAAGGUCACCAGAAGGUCAUCAGAAGGUCACCAAUUUGGUCAGGCAUGAUUUGUCCUUGGUGAAGCCACGGUGGAUGUCUCAGAUAACAAGUAAAGUUAUAAUUAUUAAAUGCUGUUCUGCCUGAAUUCUUAUAAAAUCCAUUACGGUGUUGAUGCAGGAGACUAUCAGAUGUGACAAACAGCUUAAGAGAGAUCUUCUGGAAUGGCAACUGGAGGCCAAGUAGGCACCCAGAGCAUCUUAAAAGGAGUGAUAGACCAGCACGGAAGGAAAAGACUGUGCACUGUGUCUUCGUCCCUGUGUUUCAGAGCCACCAAGGAGCCUGUUCUGCAGUGUCCCACCAGGCCUUGCUGCAAGCUCAGUGCCUUUUUAAACAAGAGAAAGUCUAUUGUUGCUGUGAGCUUCAUUGCAGCAUUCCUCUGUCUGAUCAUCGUUCGUCUCACAAAUGAAGUAACUUUCCCUUUGAUUCUAAACUGCUUUGGACAAACCAGUGUCAAGUGGAUACCAUUUUCCAAUAGCCAAAGGCAGCUUCUGAGAACUCACUAUGGAUAUGUAAAUGUGAAAACACAAGAGCCUCUACAACUAGACUGUGACCUCUGUGCCAUUGUUUCCAAUUCAGGACAGAUGGUAGGCCAGAAGGUGGGAGCUGAGAUAGACAAGUCCUCCUGCAUAUGGAGAAUGAACAAUGCUCCCACAAAGGGCUAUGAGGAGGACGUUGGGAAGAGGACAACCAUCAGAGUGGUCUCUCACACAAGUGUGCCUCUCCUACUUAAGAAUCCUGAGUACUUUUUCAAAGAAACCAACAGCACUCUUUAUGUGAUCUGGGGACCUUUUCGAAACAUGAGGAAGGAUGGAAAUGGCAUUGUGUACAACAUGCUGAAGAAAGCUGUUGACAGCUACCCAACUGCCAAAAUCUAUGUGACAACGGAAAAGCGCAUGAGUUACUGUGAUGCAGUCUUUAAGAAGGAGACAGGAAAAGACCGGUACUGCAUCAGUGAAAGGAGUGCUCUGAAAGCCAGAGAGAAGAGGAAGAUACUCCCAAGGAAGUUGAACUAUCGGUCUCCUGAGCCACCCAGUGUAUAGAUUUCUUUGGUUUAUGAAAGACACAUCAGUCACUUCUCAAUUCAGGAUAAAGUCUAGGCUGUUUCUGAGACUUAGUGUCAUAGCAGCAAGUAAUAACUGCUCCACUCUCUACAGUGGAGAGAUGAUGUUUCAAUGGAGAUGCCAAGGUGUAAGCACGGAUUAGUUCAGCUGACCUCUUCUUGGCAGAUGUCUCAGAAGGUAUAAAAUAGCUGAGCAAACCCCAUGGGAAUACAUCUAGGAUUUUAAGGAUUUUAUUCCUCUGUCCUUAGAAACAAAUUAGUUAAUUAUUUUUUUUCUCCUUUGAAUCACUGUGAUACUUACUUUUAUUCCACAAGAAACUAGUAGGGUUAUAUUGUACAAUUUCAUGAUUAGAAAAUUCUGACUGGA